AACCUGCCAUUAGAUCGCUUCCUUAGCCUUCGGCGAUUCCUUUUCGAAACCCUAGAAUCCAGAUCGAACUCGUCGCCGGGGCUAUGUCUCACUUCGGGAGAACAGGGCCGCCGGACAUCAAGGAUACAUACUCCCUCCUCGUCCUCAACAUCAGCUUCCGUACCAACGCCGAUGAUCUCUUCCCGUUGUUUGAUCGGUACGGGAAAGUGGUUGACGUCUUUAUUCCGAGGGACCGGAGGACUGGGGAGUCUCGGGGGUUUGCUUUUGUGAGGUAUAAGUAUGCAGAUGAAGCGCAGAUGGCUGUCGAAAGGCUUGAUGGGAGGGAGGUUGAUGGUCGGAAUAUUAUGGUUCAAUUUGCCAAAUAUGGUCCAAAUGCUGAACGCAUUCAUAAAGGAAAAAUUAUGGAAGCAAUCCCAAGCAGACGGGGAAGAUCUAGAAGUCGCAGCCCUCGCCCCAGACAUAGAGACAGCUAUCGAGAACGAGAAUAUAGAAGGCGAAGCCGCAGUAGAAGCAGAGAUAGGUAUGAGAGAGAUAGGUAUAGUGACCGUGAGAGAGAGAAUCGCCGCCGAAGUCGAAGCCGAAGCCGAAGUCCUAGUAGAAGUCCUGACUAUCAUAGGAGCCGUGGCAGAGAUAGCCGUAGGAGCAGGAGUGCUUCUUAUGACAGUGCUUCACCAAUUAGGCGUAGUCCUAAUCCUGCAAGGAGUUCAUCACCCCGUCGCACUCCUCCCUCAAGCCCUGAGAAAGGGAGCCAUGGCGGAAAGUCACCCCCUCCAAAAAGUGUCUCUCCUGCAGGUCGCCGUACAAAUUCUCGAAGCCCAUCUCCUCACAGCUCAAAUGAGGAUUGAUGGGUGCUUAGGUGUUGAAGAACUUGUGUGACAAUUGCUGUGUUACUUUUUGUUCGCUGGGCUGCUAUAAGGUUACAUGUUGUCUUCAUUAGACCGCCGGUAGCUUUCAAAAUGACUAGCAGAUGGUGUUAAACUAGUUUUGGAAUUUCCAGUUAUCUGUUCGUGAAAAGUGCUGAUGUUGCCUGUGACAAGAUGAUAUCAGAAGGAUAUUUCCUUGCUGUUCAUCUUCUGGCUGAUGAUUUUUGAACUUCAUAGUUAUUGUGAUAUGAUGGUCGUGUUGGGGGUUGAUGGUGCUGUUGAACCAGCCAAAACUUUGCAGUUGCCUGAUCCUGAAAAGUGCUGAUGUAGCUGUGACAUGAUAUUAGACGGAUAUUUCCUUGCUCGUUAUCCUCUGGCUGAUGAUCUUUGAAACCCAUAGUUGUUAUGAUUUGAUGAUCGUUGUUGGUGCUGUUGAACCAGACCUUAUGGUGGUUGUAUGAUUCUCUGGUGAUACAUACUCGCUGGAGGUUGAAGUAUGCACUGAACCAUUUAUAGUAACAAAUAUGUUGAUGGCCUCUUAGUUGGUAAGAAUCAUGUCUUGUUAUGUUCUAAUUUCUAAUAAUGCUACCACAUGUUUGCAAGUCUUGUAGCACACAAGAGCAGUGAUAGCUGCGAUGAAGACCUGCUUUCCUGUUUCAGUUUAUGCAUGAUGAUUUAUAUUCUGACUGUUAGCACAUGGAUAUGAUGCAGUACACACCUCAAUGGUUAUGCAUCUAUUGAUGGUCUAGCACAAUGAACAGCAUCAACUUCUAGGUUUUGACAUGGAUAUUUUACUUUUUUUUAUGAUGAUUAUUAUAUUACUGGUGAUUUGGUGCCCAUAUCUUGUUAGGUUUUGCAAGUCAUUGUUUUCUUGUAGAUCCUUUCUUCGUAUACUUUUAGCUUGGAGUU